ACCCAUUUCCGCCGCUUAAAAAUUCCUGCUAAUGAACCCAAAUAAUUGCACCUAUGGCCCCUCUCAUCAAUCAAUCGCCAUUGAAUCCGUUGAAAUAUCAGUUCAAAAUCUCAUUAAAAACUGGUACAAAAGGCAGCAAUGGCAACACAUUUUCAACCCAAGUUCAUCAUCACCAUCAAGCAAAGCACCCUGGAGAAAUCACUUAGCCAAAUUCCUUGAAUCGGUUCAAAUCCGGAUUCUCGCAAUAUCAUUGCUUCUUUUCGACCUCAUUCUCACUACUCUUGAACUAUCAUCAACCUUAGUUUCCUGUAGUAAAACCAUAGAGAAAUCUUGGUUUCAUUGGGUGGGGAUUUCCAUCCUGACGUUGCUUUCAACUAAGAUUGCGGCUCUAGCGGUGGCGCUUGGCAUCGGUGGGUUCUUAAGAAGGCCAGGCUAUGUUGUUGACGGUGUGGUUGUCAUCGGGGCGUUGGUUCUGGAAGCUGUUUGGGAGGCGAAAGGCGGAGGGUUGCUUGUGGUAGUGAGUUUAUGGAGGGUAGUGAGGGUGGUGGAAAGUGCUUUGGAGUUGAGUGAUGAAGCUAUUGAAGCACAAAUUGAAGCUAUCGUUUGCCAGUUUGAAGCACUCCGAGUUGAGAAUUCAAGGCUUUUGGACACCAUUUCUCGACAGAAUCAGAUAAUUGAGACGCUUGAGAAAGAAGUUGAUCAAUAUAGGCAUGCUUCUGAUCCUAUUGAAGUGGUCGGUAUUGUACCCAAAUCAACCAAUUUUAAUCCCACUUUAAAUUAAAACAAGUCAAGGCCGGAGGGAAACCGAGCAGGCAGGUGCUUUGAUCAUUUUAGUACUUAGAAAUAUUUUACAUUAUCAUGUAAUCCUUACUUUUUCAUUUCGGUUUCAUUCGCGGUAUUUAAUAUAAUAAAUUUUAGGGUGUUUAAAAUUA